AUGCAGUCAACAUCGCCCGCAGAGGCAAAUCUCAAACUUGAGCUUAUAAGGCAACCAUUCAACUUCUCGAAUCGAUUCACAUCGGCGGCCGACUGCCACCUCCGACGAAUCCUGUUCAGAUCGCUCGCCGCGCAACGAGAAGACUAUUUGCGACUCUUCUUUCCUCAUGGGACCCCUCAGGAUCCAUCAGAGCAAUGGUCGCUCCGCUUGGCACAGGGCGCGGUGGAUGGAGCGGAGUACACUGCUGCGGCCAAAGGAACGGCUUGCGGACACAUCUUCAAGAAUGGGGAAAGCACAUAUCACUGCAAAACAUGCGAAGCGGAUGAGACCUGCGUGCUGUGUUCGAAGUGUUUCGAGAGCAGUGAUCACGAGGGACACAUGGUGUUGAUCUCAGUCUCCCCUGGCAAUAGUGGAUGCUGCGAUUGUGGGGAUCCAGAAGCGUGGAAGAAAGAGGUCAGAUGCACGAUACACACGGCAGAUACUGGGGCGAGCCCAACAGCCGGCAAAGCGAGCGGCAAGGAGAAAGGAAAGGGACCGGCUGAUUCACUUGGCUCUCAGCUACCGCCAGAUCUGGUCUGGGCGAUCAGAAUGACCAUUGCGAGAAGCAUCGACUAUCUCUGCGAUGUGUUCUCCUGUUCGCCAGAACAGCUGCGACUACCCAAAUCUGCUACGUCGAUACUGCAGGAUGAGCGCCUGUCCCGCCUAUCACCACUGUACGGAGACGAGCCUGCUGAGGAACAUCCUGAAUUUGCUCUGGUGCUGUGGAACGACGAGAAGCACACAGUCGACGAUGUGCAGAAUCAGGUGGCAAGAGCUUGCAGGAAGUCGAAGAAGUUCGGAUUUGAGAAGGCGAUGGAGGUCAACGACAUAGGUCGUUCUGUCGUUCAAUAUUCGACCGACGUAUCCGAGCUGUUGGGAAUGGCGGAGAUCAUUGAGCAACUCAAGGUAACGGUCACUAUCAGAUCUGCACGAGACACGUUUAGAGAACACAUGUGUGCGACGAUCAUUGAUUGGAUUUCGGACAUCGCCAACUGUGCGGUCGGCAACGAACCGUAUCUACUGCGAAACAUUGUGUGCGAGGAACUUCUCAAUCCAUGGCGGACGGGCAGCCAAGCAAGCAACAAGGACAUAGGGCAGGCGGGAAUCGACGACCAUGAAACCGAAGACAAUGACAAAUUCCGCAGAAGGUAUCGCGCAUGGAUGCAACCUCUGCGACCAGCUGCGAACGUAAUACGAGUGGAAGUCGAGGUCGACGAUACGACUAACGACGACGAUGACGACGAGAACGACGACGACGAAGAUUACGAUGAGGACUACGACGACAUGGAUAUCGAAGACGAUGGAAUGGAGAUUGAGAUUGAUGAAGGGCGGGCAGCGAUGGGUGGCAUUCCGACCGUGGAUGCGGCCGACAUGGACAUUGAUAUCCUCGACGAGCCUGAUGACGUUACAGAAGCAUUAGAGGCGACCCUCGGAGGCUAUCCGCCACCACCUCCACCACCACCCCGCGGUACCAGGCGGCGGAUCCUGACUCCUGCCGAUAGUGAUGACGGGGAGGCUGACCAGACUCGACCAACUUCGAAUGCACCAUACGAGAAUGUUCCGCAGACACCCAAAGCGGUGAAGACCAGAAGACUACGGCCCAGUAAACACUGGCUUGAGAAGCCAGAGGCAUUCAAAGCGCCCCAACCCAGCGAACCGCGGGAAGAUCUGUGGCAACGCGUUCGGCUUGAUUACCUCAUUCUUUACGACUUGAGACUAUGGAAGAUUCUGAGGAUCCAUUUGCGACACCUGUACAUUACCACAGUGGUGACCAUUCCACACUUCAAACGAGUCCUAGGACUUCGAUUCGCCGGACUGUACACUGCCUUGGCUCAGCUGUACCUCAUUGCAGAUCGCGAGCCAGACCACUCGAUCAUCAACUUGAGCGUCCAGAUGCUUACUACUCCGACCAUCACUCAGGAAGUUGUGGAAAGAGGGAACUUCCUUACGAACCUGAUGGCCAUCUUGUACACCUUCAUCACGACCCGUCAGGUCGGCUUCCCAGAGGAUGUAAAUAUGCGAGCGACUUUGGCCUUUGAUGCCGGCGCAGUUACCAACCGUAGAAUGUUUCACUUCUUCAUGGAUCUGCGCUGGCUGUUCCAGUCAGAAUUCGUGCACUACAAGCUGCGCUUCGAACCGCGCUACCUGCUCCAGUUCAUUGAUCUGGUCAAACUCCACCAAGGCGUUUGUCCUAACGUGCGGGCGACCGGAGAGCAUGUGGAGUACGAGUCUGACGCUUGGAUCAGCGCGAGCAUGAUUGUCAAAGAAGUGAACAAGCUAUGCAAGCAACUGGCAGUCGCGUUCGAGCCCGGUCUCAAGUUUGACGAUGGCAACGCGAACCUUGAACGGGCCAUCCGAACUGUCGCUCAGGUCACCAUGAUCAGUGCUUUUGGCUAUGAGCGGAAGCGCUUCCACGCGGCCGAGCACAAAAACGAGCUCAGUUGGGAUACGGUCGGUCCCCUCUAUAUGAGCGGCAAACAGUAUAUCGUACCUUUUUGCGAGGUACAAUCCGCGCCGAUGAGCUUUCAUCAUCCACUUCACUACCUCCUCUCAUGGCUACUCGAGAACGGGAAGAGCAUCAGUCGUCAGGAUAUGCGGACUCUGCUUCAUUUUGCGCCAGGCGAUCUGAAAGAUCCAUGGAAUGUGACAAAGACGACCCCACCAUACCGGACUCCGACAUCAGACGAGCUUCUCGUCGCCAUUUUCGACCAUCCUCUGCGAGUAUGCGCUUGGCUGGCACAAAUGAAGGCUGGCCUGUGGGUCCGCAAUGGGAUAACGCUUCGGCACCAGGCGCACACAUAUCGCAGUGUCUCGCAUCGCGACGUUGGAUAUCAACGUGAUAUUUUCAUGGUUCAAGCUGGUCUGGUGCUCUGCGGCUCGGACGAAGAGGCAGCAGGAGAGAGAUUCCUCGCUCAGAUGAUCCAUCGAUGGCAGCUGGACGACUGGACCACCGGCCGAUACAGUGGUUUCAACGUGCCCUGUGAGGAGUCUCAGCAUAUGGACAUGCUCGAAGACUUCUUCCAUCUGCUUGUCAUCGCCUUGUCUGAGCGUGGAAACCUACUUCCAAGGACCAACGAACAGGACCAGCACGAUAAGGUCUUGCAGCACGAUAUCGCACAUGCCUUGUGCUUCAAGCCUUUGUCAUUCAGUGAGCUUGCCGGGCGGGUGACCGAGAAGGUCGGCGAAUCUGACGACUUCAGCCGAGUUCUCGAGAGCAUGACCGUCUAUCGCGCACCAGAAGGGCUGUCUGAUACGGGUACCUUUGAACUCAAGCCGGAAUUCAUCGAGCUGGUCGAUCCUUACUACGCUCACUACUCUCGAAAUCAUCGCGAGGAGGCAGAGAACAUCUACAAGAAGCACAUUGCGAAGAAGACUGGACAGAAGGCAGAAGACGUAGUCUAUGAGCCUCGUCUUGAGAAGAUCGAGCAUGGCAUGUUCGCAGAUCUCGGUGCGUUCACAAAGACCCGUCUCUUCGUUCAACUUCUUGGAGCUGCUCUCGAUUUUGCAGCAACCAACGACACUAUGUCGCCCGAAAUCCCGGUCACACGAAUCGAGACAUUUCUCCACAUGGUGCUCCACCUCACAGUUCUCGCAGAAGACCGUGAUGGGAGCACGUACGACAACUUUACUCGACCCACCAGCCUUGUGAAGCUGCUGGCGGCGAACAGAAACAAGCCGGAGUAUACGUCUUGCCAUCCUACGAUCCAACACAUCCUUGAACAUAUCCAACAGCGGCAGCCCGAAAAAGUCUCCGCGGCCAUUCCGAAGGAUUUCCUAGUAGAUCGCAGCGCCACAGAUUCGCCGGCGGCGCUCCCUGCAGAGGAGAAGGAACGCAAGAAGCAAGAAGCUCUGGCACGCCAGGCCAAAAUCAUGGCGCAGAUGAAGCAGCAACAGAACAACUUUUUACAAAAUCAGGGCUUGUCAAGUUUCGAAGAUGACUUCGACGACCUCGAGGACGACAUGUCCGUUGUUCAGGAGAUAGAGGGCGUCGAGCCGCGUCGGACCUGGCAUUUUCCCACGGGAAACUGCAUCCUAUGCCAAGAGGAGACAGAUGACCAGCGUCUGUACGGCACUUUCGCGUUCCUAGGCGAAAGCAACAUCCUCCGGUCAACGCCGAUUGAGGACGAAGAUUACCUCAGAGAGGUGAUCAACACUCCGACAAGUCUUGACCGCUCUGCUGAACAAGUCCGCCCGUUCGGAGUAGCGGGCGACAACAAGCGAGAAGUGCGCAAGGUCGGCGCGGACGGCAAGAUCCUUAGUACAGAGCGACAAGGACUGUCGAAAGGCUUUCCGCAUCAGAGAGAAGGUAUCAAAGGGCCCGUUACGACCAGCUGCGGACACAUCAUGCAUUUCAACUGCUUCGAGCUGUACCUUGCAGCAACAAACCGUCGUCACUCUGCGCAGAUUGCCCGCAAUCAUCCAGAGCGAAUCGACUUCAAAGAGUUUGUGUGCCCGUUGUGCAAGGCGCUGGGCAACACGUUCCUUCCCAUCAUCUGGAAGGCGAAGGAGUGCGCCCACGAGCAUGAGUUACACCUCGCACAGAACUUCGAUGCUUGGCUCAACGAUGUUGACGACAAAUAUCCUUACGUGAGCAACAUGUUCGCGCCAUCCUUGAUCCAGCAGAACAUGCAAGAUCUGUCACUUGAGAGCUCUCCUGCGAGCCCGCUGGAGCGUCGGUUUCCCGCUAGAGCUGGGCAUGCGUUGUCAAGACUUGCCAGCCUAGGACUGCCGAGCGAGCCAACCCGACUGUCGGAUCUUUGGAGUGCAUAUCGCCGCGUUCAAGAAUCGAUCAAGGUCAACAAGCUCUCCCUUCCUGCCACAGAUGCUGGAGCAGUCAACCCGGUUGCGGCAUUGUCACGAUCCUUGGGCCUUUCCGUGGCAUCGUUCGAAAUCACCUAUCGCGGAGUUUGCAGCAAUUCGAGAGGGAAAUCUCUGGUGGCUGAACUGCCUGAUCAAGUGCUCACACAUCUUCGAAUCAUUUCCGAGACAGUGGAGUCUUACCUCGCCGUGAACGUAAUGCAGUCCGAAUCAAAUGGCGUCGUGCGAGAGACUGUCAGGAAGCGAGACAUCAUGACGGCGCAGCUCUUCGGCACGGAACACCAAAGCUCGAUGAUCCGUAUGAAGGAGAUCUACGGACAGUUCUUGUUCCAAGACGACAUAUUCCUUUUCUUCGCAGACUGGUUGUGCUUGAUGGCGCCGACUGUAGCCGAGGCUGCGUCGAUGUUGCAGCUUUGUUUUUGGGCAGAGAUGGUCAAGUCUGCGUUCGUGUUGCGCCCCGCCGUCACCAAGCAGAGCGAAAUCCCGGUCAAUGGCGAGUCAGAUAACCGACUCCUGAAGCAGGCCAUUAUUUCCAUGGGAUUGGAGUUAGACGGCGAAGACGACCAGCUCAAAGAUCGACAGAUCGGACUCCUGCGCCAGCUUCUCGACAAAUAUGCGCUGGCGUUCCUUCGGAAAUGCGCUGUGCUGAUGCUGGUUCGCUACGGAUUGGAAUUUGAAUGCCCAUAUGAUCUCGAUCCCGACGCACCUGAAUUGCACCGACUGACCUCCCUCCUCCACAUGCCGACCCUUGACGAGAUCUGCGCGAUCUUCGUGUCCAAAUCAGCGCCAGGUCUCAACCUUCGGUUCAUCACCAGCAAUUGGCUUCACCAAGCCAUCUUCAUCUCCGAAAACGAGGUCUUCUCGCCCUCUCCGAUCUCAACCAUCAACGUUCCUCAUCCGGCCAUCUUCGAGCUUGUCGGUCUGCCCAUGAACUACGACGUCCUUACCGAAGAAGCCAUUCGCCGCCGCUGCCCCACAACAGGCAAAGAACUAUCCGACCCGGCCGUGUGCCUCCUAUGCGGUGAGAUUUUCUGUUCUCAAGCAUUCUGCUGCAUGAAAGACAAGUCCUUCGGCGGUUGCCAUGAGCACAUGAAGAAGCACGACAUGCGAGUCGGCGUGUUCAUCAAUAUUCGAAAGUGUAUGGUGCUGUUCUCGCAUGAUGGCGUGAGCGGGAGCUGGGCACAAGCACCGUACUUGGACAGACAUGGUGAGCCGGACCCGACGUUGCGGAGGCACCAUCAGUUGUACCUGAAUCAGAAGAGGUAUGAUAAGUUGCUGAGGGACGUGUGGUUGAAUCACAUGAUUCCGUCGGUCAUUUCGAGAAAGCUGGAGGGAGACAUUAAUCCUGGAGGUUGGGAGACGUUGUGA